AUGGUUUUGGGGCUGCAGGGCCAGCGGGCCGUGUCGGUCCUACACUUCCUGUGCUGCCUGUGGGCGAUCUUCGCCAUCACCCAUAAUGUAGGGCUGCCCAACUCCGCCCGCAAGAAAAGGGAAGACACCUAUGGAGGGCACUGGAAGCACCUGACCUUCCUUAACCAGGUUCUGCAGACAGUACUAUUUUCUCUUUGUGUCAUCAUUGAUUUUACAGCUCUCUUUGACCCUUCCCAAGAGAAGAAGAUAUCACGCGUACUGGUGCCUAUCAGAGAUUUCAUCUUCUCAGCAUUAAUGUUCCCCAUUGGCUUAUUUGUAGCUUUUGUUUUCUGGGGUCUCUAUGCAUAUGACCGAGAACUAGUGUACCCUAGAGAACUGGAUGAUAUUAAUCCAACGUGGCUUAAUCAUUCUAUGCACACUACUAUCCUGCCACUGCUUUUCAUAGAGCUCGCAGUAUGCCCACAUAAAUAUCAACAUAAGACAAGAGAAAUUCUUGGACUUACCAUCUUCACAGUUUCAUAUCUUUGUUGGAUAACGUGGGUACACUAUGUCUCUGGGGUUUGGGCAUAUCCAGUUUUAGAAGUGCUCGGUAUACCUGGAAAACUAGUAUUUUUCUCCAUCGCCUACUGUAUAGCGCUAACAUUCUACUUCCUUGGGCGGCUGCUAACAAAACAGUUGUGGGCAAGACGAAGGAAACAAUCAUAA